AUGAGCUGCCUGCGGGGCCGGGGCCUGCUCGCAGGGACGUCGCCUUCAUUGCCACGGCUGGUGAUGGACAUGGCGGCGGGGCCUGGGGGGUCAGAGCGGGGAGUUGGGGGUCGGGAGAGGGGGUGUCCCGCGCACCUGGGCUCCCUGGGAGGGUCCAGGGCCUUGACGGGCUGGAGCAAGGGCCUGGGAGCCCGUACGCCUGGUUGCCCCCAGCAUUGGGAGGGGAGCGGGGGCACCUGCCGCGCAGGGUCACCGUGCCCCCCGCAGAGGCCGCCGGCCGGCUGGGCGCCACGGGGCUGGGAGUCGGCACGAGUGGCGACGGCCGAGAUGCGGGCGCUGGUCGUGGACUGGCUGGUGCAGGUGCAGGAGUGCCUGGGCCUGGCGGACGACACGCUCCACCUGGCCGUGCAGCUGCUGGACGCCUACGGCCAGGCCGGCCCCGUGCGCGUCCGCACCCUGCAACUGCUCGGCCUCGCCUGCCUCUUCCUCGCCUGCAAGAUGGAGGAGACCCACUGCCCCGCCCCGGCCACGCUCUGCUUCAUGACCGAGGACAUGUUCAGCCACACGGCACUGCUGCGCAUGGAGCGCCGGGUCCUGCGACGCCUGCGCUUCCGCCUGCACCGCGCCAGCCCCGCCGGCCUCCUGCGCCUGCUGGCCACGCUGGGCCACUGCUCCCCUGAGACGGGCGCCCUGGCCAUGUACUUCCUGGAGCUGUCGCUGCUGGAGGCCGAGUGCGUGGCCUUCGCCCCGGGGCCGCGUGCCGCAGCCGCCCUGAGCCUGGCGCAGCGGGUGCAGCAGGAUGCGGGGGGCCCAGGCGCCCCUGCCCCCCUGUGCAGCGAAGAGGAGCUGCGUGCCCUGCAUCCCUUCGUGGCGCGCGCCGCGCUGCGGGCCGGCUCCGGCGCCCUCCGCGCCAUCUUCUUGAAGCACUCGCGGCCCCAGCGCCUGGGCGCCAGCACCAGCCCCGCCAUUGCCCGCUCCUGCUACCUCGCCCGCUGCCUGGCGCCCGGGCCUGAGCUCCCCCCCCGCAGCCUGGGCCAGUCCCCUCCGGCUGCCCCAGUAGUGCCCACUUUGAGAGGGCUACUGGGUGGGGAGCAGGGGCCUGGACGCCUGGGUCCACCUGCUCUGCUGUGACUCCUGAGCCCCUGCCUGGCUGCUGAGGGCACUGGAAGGGGGGGAGGGUCGGGGCUGGGUUGAGGGGGGCUCUCCCCCUCUCCCAGCUGCCUGCGGGGGGGAAAAAAAGGAAGGAAAACAGAAGUUUGUGGGGGAAAUGGCCCCAGAUUUGUCUAAUAAAGAGUG